AUGCCAGAAGUCACUCCGUUAACCGAAGCAGCCACAGCCGAAGAAAGAGCAGAAUGGGAAGCUCAAGGAGAGCAACGAAAUCAACAAAUUAAAGAAAUUGACAAGGGAAAGAAUAACGUUUGGUGUCAUAUUGCGUUGGCACCAGACAAACUAAGUCUUUAUGUAUAUUGGAUAUGAUUGUUUGUCCCCAGAUGGAACGGUUGAUGGAGCAAAAGCGUAGCGUUUACCACAGCAACGUUAUUCAAACGUGGAAAAGCCUACCGUAGUAAGUCUAGUGAGACAAUUAUCGUGUUUACAGCUCGGAGAAGAUGAAAAAAUACACGAAUAUUUUAUACGUUCUUCUGUCUAGACUAUCUGAAGCUGGUGAGAAAAUAUCAGAAACACUGUUUAAUACAUUAAUUAUUAAUGUCUUCCAGACAAAUACGAACAUUUUGUUGUACAAGAAAUUUUUAAUCCAGCGUCGACAUUUACUGAACUAAGAACCCGACUGAAAAAUUAUGAAGACAGUCGAAUACAAAGAAAUCAAACGGAAGAUAAUUCGUUAGUGGCAAUGCAUUCUUCAAAUAGACAAACUAGAAAUAAGAGUUCGGCACCGCAGAUGAAAAAAAAUCUAUGUUUGUGGAAAUCCAGGACAUUUCGCAAAAUGAUGUAAUAAAAGGAGCUUAGCAACAUGUUCUAUAUGCACGAAAAGAGGCCACUUGGCAAAAGCUUGUAGAAGUUCUGGAAAAACAGAAAAAUCUCAAGGAAAAGAAACACAUGCAGUCUCGUCUUAUUCCAAUUGUUUCGUAAGUCAUUUGCAAGAAUGGCUCAGAAAAAUCAAAUUAUCUAAUCGUGGACACUGGUUGUACAUAUCAAAAGAAUUUCUUCAAAAUCUACUUUCUCAUAAUGAAAAGAGCGUUAGAGAUCCAAAAGGAAGCCUCGCACCUGUUGAAAGAAUUGGUGACGUACCAAUAACGGUCCAGUUAAAGGAUGGAAAGAUGGCAGAAAUGGUCCUAAGAAAUGUUCUUUACAUACCAAGCUGUCAGGUAAACCUCCUUUCAGUCAAAACAGUCGUUAGUUUUGGUCAUAGAUUCAUAUUUCACGAGAGUAAAGUAAGAAUGGUGUUGAAUGCAGACCUGGAAAAAGUGGGAUCUCAGGAUCCUGGAUCCUGAGGAACAUUUGCCUUAGCAACAAGAUUGAGGAACAUUUUGAAUUUUUCACGCGUACUUUAAGAGAGAAUUUUAAGGAAUCAUAUUUAGUUAACUGCCAUUUGUGUCUAUUUUGAGAUUGCGAAGUGUUCUUCAUAUCCUGUUGAUAGAAUUUGAAGAUUGUUUUGUUUCCUCAGCAAUUUUACAACCAAUAUAAUUGAGGAACAUUUGAAAAAGGCAAAUUCAGGAUCCGAGGAACAUCGAACACUUUUUCCAGGUCUGGUUGAAUGAUGGUCUUGAAAUUAACUUAAAGAAAGACACUGGUCUGAUCUUCCUGUCACCUUUCCAAACCUAAUCGACCCAGUCACUUGCAACACGAGCGAAGGAGAUAUCAAAGGAGAUAUCAAUUUAUGGCACACACGCCUGGGGCAUCUCAACAAAGUCGAUGUAGAGUGCACUAUUGGAUGUAAGAAUAACUCAAAACCUGUGCAAUGGGAAAAAGUAAGCAAACCAGUACCAAAAGAAGUACAAACCAAAGCUCAGAAAGCUCUCGAACUUGUUCAUUCAGACAGUCUCGGUCCUUUCGAAGUAGCUAGUCUAAAUGGGUCAAAAUAUGCAGUCACCUUCAUUCAUAUUCCCAAAAAAUAA